AUUGUGUUCGUUUGAGCCGCUGCGGUCUCUUUCUCUCUGUCUCUCCCCCUUUCUCUCCCUCUCUCUCUCGUCUAUCUCACGUUUUAAAUGGCACGAAACGCGGAGAAGCAGCAGGGGAAGCUGAACAGACUGUGGCUCCAGAAAGAGAGAGACGAGGGACGCCUCAAGGACGUUCAUGAGCGGAGACCCAAGCUGUCUACUCUUAAUUCCGCCGCCUCUCUGAAAAAGUGGAUUCCCAGCAUCAAGAAGGAAAUAGAGUAUUAUUUACAGCAAUCGCAGCUGUCUCAUUACCCGGAGAGGAAGAUCGCCGAGUUCCAGCUGCGCAUGGAGGCCUUGGAACGUGACACCCCCUCGCCCCGUGAGUCACAUGACGGGAGCGGUCAGCUGAGCGACUCGGCCGGCGGCGGGACAGGAUGUCACAAACCCUCGUCGGACCCCGGGAGAAAGCCGCCUCUCGGGGUUCAAACCCUCGUCCCCGCCGACCCAAACUCAGAGGCCGCCUGUGCAGACCAAGACCGGCCCCUCACCUUUGAUCACGCGAGGCUGGCGGUGGCCGCCGCCGCGUUCAGGGGGCCGCCGCCGCCGCGAGGCUCCGCCCAGACACGCAGCCUCGCCCGGGUUCUGCACUCCGGCCUGCCGAACCUGAGUAACGCCGCGGCGAGGCUGACGAUUUUAGGGUCCGCGGUUGCACAGAAAGGCGCCGCCGAGGACCGCGAGGAGAGGACGGGUCACGUCCUGGGACUGGACUGUUACUCUUCGUCCGAUGAGGAGCGCGACACGUGAUUGAUGCUCCGCACUCGUUCAAAAGGGCGUCCCGAGCGGCGUCGUAUGGAAAGUUUUCUAUUAGACAAUAUCUAGUUUGUAAAGAAAUUAAGAAAAGCAGAUUAUUACACACACACACACACACACACACACACACACGCGCGCGCGCGCUCAUCUGGACACAUUAACAAGAUACCGCAGCAGCCAUUUGCUUUAAUGA